CCACUGAUGGCCCAGUCAGUACUAUGGUUGGGGACAACAUGGGAAUACUGGGUGCUUUAUCAUUUCUUGAACUAAAAGAUUCUUCUGCUUUUGGAACAAUAAAAAACACGAUUGAGAAGGUUUAG